AUGGAGUUACCAGCUAAGGGGCCCCCCAAGCCGGCGGGGGGCCCCCUGGAGAAGCCAGGGCUUCCUGCGAAGCCAGGGGGGCCCCCUCUACCGGGUGCAGCAGGGGGGCCCCCCAAGCCUGAGGGGAGCAAACCACCACUGCCGGGGGCCCCAAAGCCAGGGGCAGACGGGGGCCCCCAGGCAAAGGGGGGAGCGGCGCCGCCGUCUAAGCCAGGCCUACCCCCAGCAAAGGACCCAAAGGCAGGGGCCCCAGGGGCCCCUGGGGCCCCGGGGGCCCCUGGUGGGGGCCCCCCAGCAAAGGGUCCUGGUAAGGAUGCGAAGACUCCAGGGCCUCCUACUCCUACCCCAGCCAAGCCAGGGGGGCCCCCGGGGGCCCCUGUUUCUAAGGGGGAGAAGGCAGCGCCUAUGCCAGCUAAAGAAGCAGCUGGGGGCCCCAAGACAGACGCAAAGGCCAGCCCUGUAGGCAAGCCUGGGGAGGCCCCCAAGCCGCCUUUGGGGGCCCCCAAGCCUCCUGUUGGGGGGGCCCCCAAGCCAGGCUUAGCCCCGAAGCCCGAUGCAGCAAAGGCCCCAGCAGCGAAGCCAGCGCUAGCCAAGCCUGAGCUAGCCAAGCCUGGGCUAGCCAAGCCAGCGCUAGCCAAGCCAGCGCUAGCCAAGCCAGCGCUAGCUAAGCCCGAGCUAGCCAAGCCCGGGCUAGCCAAGCCCGGGCUAGCCAAGCCCGGGCUAGCCAAGCCCGGGCUAGCUAAGCCUGUGAUCCCAUCAAAGCCUCUACCUGCACUAGCCAAGGGGGCCCCAGCAGCAGCAAAGCCAGCUCUGCCGGCGAAGCCCCUGGCCCCCGCUAAGCCCGCCCUAUCCAAGCCAGGGCUGCCGCCGACAAAGGGGCCCCCAGGAAAGGCACCCUAA